GUUUUCAGAGUCUUCGGAGUUCGUAAUCUCGUCCAUCCAUUGAUGGACUGUUAAGUUUUGUGUAGUAAUUGUUAAAUUAUAUAUUUUAUCUCGUGAAAAUGGAUACAACUGGUGCUUACGGUGGAGGAAAGGCUGGCGGGGCUUUCGAUCCCCAAGCAUUCAUCCAGAGGCCACCCGUGAUUGUAAGGGCGGUUUGUUGGUUAUUCAGCGUGAUAGUGAUGGGCUGCAUAUCAGCCAAGGGUUGGUACAUCGACAAAGCAGACAACAAAGAAUACUGCGUCUACAACAAAGACACGAACGCCUGUAAUUACGGUGUCGGAAUAUCGGUGAUAGCUUUCAUCGCAUCUAUCGGAUUCAUCGCAGGCGAAUAUCUCUUCGAACAAAUGUCCUCGGUGAAGACAAGGAAGCACUAUGUUUUGGCUGAUAUGGGAUUCUCUGCUUUCUGGGCGUUCCUGUACUUCGUGGGCUUCUGUUACCUGUCCAAUGCGUGGGGCAAGACUGUGAAACCUCCUCUCGGCACCGCCAAUAACAUGCAAGGCGCCAUUGCGUUCUGCUUCUUCUCCAUCUUUGCUUGGGUGGCAUGCGCGUUCUUCGCGUUCCAACGAUUCCGUCUGGGCGCGGAGGCGGCGUUCGCCCCGGCCUACGAGGUGGAGGCGGCCGGCAGCCCCGGAGGGUUCCCCGCGUACCCGGGCGCGCCCGACCCCCAGCCGGCCUACAGCGACCCACCAUUCUCACAGCCCCACAACACCGCUGCUGGCAACAUCGACUACACCGCCCCAACUUAUUAAGCUGGCAACACACACUACGGUGCAUCUGUUAAUUUACUCCGCCUCUUGUUUUAUUUUGUUUUUAUAUGAGUAAGUAAUAAAAUA